AUUGGGCGUUCGUGCAUAAAACAUGGGAUAAGUGGGCUUCUACCAACGUUGGGUAUUCUGGUUAGCUAGAUUUUGCUUUCAAGCCACAUUCAUAUGCACAUAUGUCAUCCGUUAAAAGCUGCUUUGCUAAUCAACCAUGACCCCACUGGACCAUCUCGAUUGUUAUCUACCAUAUUCUUCUUGUUGCUCCUUCUUCUUCAGUAGUUUAUAGCAGGUUCAUUCCUUAGGAUCAAAUGCAAUGUCCUGCCCGGUUAAUAUCACUGUAUCGAUUCAGCAAAGCUGCUACUGUUACAUUAUAUUUUUUAAUCCAAAAGCAAAAGUAGUUGUGACAUUUGCUGCACAAGAAGGAAUAAAAGCUAAUCCCAUUGAAUUGAGUAACUUUAUGGACUUCAUCAAACAAAAUAAGCUCCAUACAGAGCUCUUCGUUAUUGGAUCCAAUCAGUACUUGGUCACAACAAUUCAUGAGAACUGGUUUAGUGCAAGGUGUAUAAACACGUCAAAGCCCGCUGGUGAAGGUGUUAUUGUUAUACAAACAGCAGCAUACAUCUUGGUUGCUCUGUAUGAAGGUUCCAUCGGUCCAGCAUCUCGUGCUAUGGCAGCUGCUGAUCAGUUAACUUGGCAAUUAGGACGAAAAAAUCUUUAAACUGGUCCUGCAGAUCUGUAGCAUCCACUAACCACAAGGCUAAUCUUUUCUGUUUUCACUCCAAUUUUUUCUCAGAUGAUUGCACCCAUGUAUCUUGGUGAUGAAGCCAUUGCCAUUACACAACCACAUAGAUGACAGUGUACGAGAGAGGUCUUAACCCUUGUUGUGUAUUAUUGGUUCAUCUCAACCAUUAAUAUUAAAUUAAGAACAACGAAUAUUCAUGUUUUAUAUAGGCUUGAACAAAAUUAUUUUAAAUAUCAAAUGAUUGCUACAGUUGAUUUCA